GGGUCUGGUAGAAUACGUAAAGAAGAAGUCUACGUCGCUCCCUCAUGACGCAAUUUAUCCGCGACUUUCAACCUGAGGCUGUUUAAUUUACAGGUUGGCGGCUGUUUGAGAGCUAAGUCAGUGAAGUUUCGUUUAAAAUGCUUAAAAAGAAAUCAAGCAGCUCCGAAAAGAAAAGGAAACACUCGCUUUCUCAAGAUCGACAGGAGGGAAGGAAACGGAGGAGUUCGGAGUUGCACUUGGAGGGCCCCAAGGAUGAGCUCGCCGACCCAGAGCUGGACAGGAUUGGCAGUGACAUCGAGGAAGGGGGGCUGGACCUCAGUCAAGCCUUCAAGCCCAUCACCGCUUACAUCAGUGACAAGAGGGAGGCCCUGGAGCAGUGCUUCCGUGUGUUAGGAGAGAAGAAGCUGCAGAAGAUGCUGCCGGACGAGCUCAAGGACUGUAGUUUAGAGGAAAUCAAAAGUCUUUGUUGGGAGCAGCUGGAACCGAUCUGCGAGAAACACCUCGUGCAGAUUUUAGCAGGAGAAGAUUUGUCACCUAGAAGUGGCAGCGAACACCCUGAAGGGGCCUUGGAAAGCCAGCAAGACAAUAAUGUCGACUCAACAUCUUGCCUGAAAGAAACGGCAAAAACAGAAGAGAAUAAGCAAGAAGGAGGGGGAUCUGGGGAGGAGAGCGACGUCCUGAGCAUCAACGCAGACACUUACGAUAGUGACAUAGAGGGACCCAAAGAGGAGCAGACGGCCAAAGCUGCAGCCGUGGCUGUCAAAGCAGGCGAUGCUGCAGGGGAAAGCUCGCAAACGGCUGUAGCUCCUGAACCAGCGAACUCUGAGCCAAAAAAAGACAUUCAGAGUGACAUAGACAAAAGCGUCAGUGAGAUUUUAGCGGUCUCUUCGGCCUCAAGCAAAGAGGAAUCUAAAGAAUUGAGUGUGCCGCCGCCGCCGUCUGCAGACGUCAGUCUGCCGGUGGAAGAGGCGCCAGCUCCGAGCGGAGACCCUGCGGUCAGCCAGCCCUCCGUCCAGCAGCUGGCCCUGCUGGAGCUGGAGAUGAGGGCCAGGGCCAUAAAGGCUCUGAUGAAAGCUAGCCAUGGGAAAAAGCCUAACGCAGCCAAGAACGAUUAGUUUGUUUUUAUAAAUGUUUAACUCAGUUUUACAGUUUUCAAUAACUUGAGUUUGAACUUUGGUUGAAUGAUACAAAUGAGCUUUAAAAACAUUUGCAUCUCUGAACAUCUUAAUUGUUCCACGAGUUUUGUUCAAACCUCAUUGUGUUUUUGCUCCAUAUUGGAAUGAUUUUCCUGUCAGUUUGAUGCUUUAAAAAAAAAAAAAAGCUGAAAUUUUCUGUAUGAAUUCUUUGGGGACGGAUAAACUGAAAUGCGUUUUCCUCCUUGGUCACUAGAUGGCAGUGACGCUCUGCCUCAGAACCCUCACCUUGCUCUGUUUGAUCAUUGCAGGGCUGCAAGUUUCGAUCUACCGUCUCACAUUAUACACAGAAUUCUUUCAGGCACCAUGAAAGUCAAUAUUUUUAAUAAUGUUACUUUGUAAUGCAGCUCUACUUGAAUUUGUGUUGGAGUGGAUCAGAAAGAUAUUAUUUUGUACGACCAAAUCUUGCAAUAAAGAACAGGUGGAAAAAAAUGUACUCAGCCAUUCAGAGACGGUCAGCAUGCAUAGAAAUACCAUAUGCUUCUAUCGUGUUUACUUCUGAUAAAUGUUAGCUCGGCUUGAGUACAUCUAAGCAAAAGACUACUUCUUCCUGUGGUAUUAACUGUGCAAAUGACUCAGAGACUUUGGUGUAAUCUGUCCUCAUGCAGGUUUGUUUCAGGAUAAACUGCAAAUGUCGUCUGUGUGUGUGUAUGAUUGAGAAGAAAGUUUGUGUGUAGUUAGAUGCAUUUGCAGAGCAAAACAUCUCUCUACCCCAAAGCAGACAAUGAAAUGUGAGAUAAGAAGCCAUUUUCCUCCUGGGUAUUUGCAUUUAAAAGGUUUAUUUCAUGGUAGAGGUGAAGGUGGGAGGGUUAAAUGUGUCAUUCUCUUUGCAUUUAUGUGUGCAGGUUUCAUUGCUCCCCUGGCUGAGGGGAAAAAUGUUUACUCCAGAAAGAGAUCUAGGCUUUUGCUGCCUGUGAUUGGUUAGUAUUUAUCGUGUCAUUUUACUGCUGUUAGAAUGCCAAUUAUGAGGGGUUUUCCUCUUAAAUGCAGCAAUGAAUUGAUUUUAAAGCAGACCACAAGUGCGAAAACGGGUUGAUGGAGGCAAGGUGAUACUUUGUGAAUUCAAAUGACGGUUAAAAUCCAUGUUCAAAUAUGAGGCCAGACGCUACUGUGAAUAGUGUUAAUAUGAAAGUUGAAAAGAGGUCAGUCCUAAAGCUGGUGCUGCCACCCUUCAUCUGCCUAAUUGGCACACCGUUCAUUCUGUUGGGGGG